CGUGCACGCGAUUUCGCGAAGCCUCCGGCCGCAGCGGAGACCCGCUCCCCUCCCCCGGCGGGGCCCUGGCGCGGCGACCCCGGCCGGCGUGCGGGGGGCUGCGGGCGGCUGUUGGGGCCGCGCGUCCGGGCGCGGGCGGGGGAGGGGCGCGGGGCCGAGCUCCGGGACGUGUGUGUCUGUAACUGAGUGCUCUUUAUCGUCUCGAGGAGGUAUUUCAUAGAGUCCCUUUGAAGUUGGGUUCAGAAGUGUAGAAUUGGCAAAGUUACUGCCAGCUUCCUGCAUCAGCAACAGCAACUUGUGAUUGGUGGUACCAGAUACUCACUCAGUUGUACAUCCCCACAUCAAUGCACUGCCAAUGAUGAGGAAACUGAGGCCUUGGACUAGAACAGAGGUCUCCUGACUCAGUCCAGGACUCUUUCUAUUACAUCAUGCUGCCUGAUGUUUGUUUAAGGAACUCGGCAACAUCACAUACAGGUUUUUUGGCCAAGAGGCAUCUGGGAUCUUAGCUCCCCCACCAGGGAUCGAACCCACACCCCCUGCAUUGGAAGGAAAUUUGAACACAGACACAGAGGAAAAGCAGUGUGAAGAGCCACAGGGAGAUACGGCAGGGUGACUAGAGGAAUGCGUCCAGGAGCCAAGGAAGCUGGGAGAGAUCCUUCCUUAGCACCUUCAGAAAGAGCACUGCCCUGCCCGGUGCUCCUUUCCUGUACCUUGAUGUUUGGACUUCUGACUCCCAAAACUGGUUAUAUCCUGUGUUGUGACCUCAUGGUUUAAGUGGGAAUAAAGAUGAGUAUAAGCAGUGAUGAGGUCAACUUCUUGGUAUAUAGAUACUUGCAAGAGUCAGGAUUUUCUCAUUCAGCGUUCACCUUUGGUAUAGAAAGCCAUAUCAGUCAGUCUAACAUAAAUGGUGCCCUCGUCCCGCCUGCUGCAUUAAUUUCUAUCAUCCAGAAAGGUCUGCAGUAUGUAGAGGCAGAAGUUAGUAUUAAUGAGGAUGGUACCCUGUUCGAUGGUCGACCAAUAGAGUCUCUGUCACUGAUAGAUGCCGUAAUGCCUGAUGUAGUACAAACAAGACAACAAGCUUAUAGAGAUAAACUUGCACAGCAACAAGCAGCAGCUGCUGCAGCUGCCGCAGCUGCAGCAAACCAACAAGGAUCUGCAAAAAAUGGAGAAAACACAGCAAAUGGGGAGGAGAAUGGAGCACAUACUAUAGCAAAUAAUCAUACUGAUAUGAUGGAAGUGGAUGGGGAUGUUGAAAUCCCUCCUAAUAAAGCGGUUGUGUUAAGGGGCCAUGAAUCUGAAGUUUUCAUCUGUGCCUGGAACCCUGUUAGUGAUCUCUUGGCAUCAGGGUCUGGAGACUCAACAGCAAGAAUAUGGAAUCUUAGUGAAAAUAGCACUAGUGGCUCCACACAAUUAGUACUUAGACAUUGUAUACGAGAAGGAGGGCAAGAUGUCCCAAGUAACAAGGAUGUGACGUCUCUAGAUUGGAAUAGUGAAGGUACACUUCUAGCAACUGGUUCCUACGAUGGGUUUGCUCGAAUAUGGACUAAAGAUGGUAACCUUGCUAGCACCUUGGGGCAGCAUAAAGGCCCUAUAUUUGCAUUAAAAUGGAAUAAGAAAGGAAAUUUCAUCCUAAGUGCUGGAGUAGACAAGACUACAAUUAUUUGGGAUGCACAUACUGGUGAAGCCAAACAACAAUUUCCUUUUCAUUCAGCACCAGCAUUGGAUGUUGAUUGGCAGAGCAACAACACCUUUGCUUCUUGUAGUACAGAUAUGUGCAUUCAUGUCUGUAAAUUAGGACAAGACAGACCUAUUAAAACAUUCCAGGGACACACGAAUGAAGUAAAUGCUAUCAAAUGGGACCCAACUGGCAAUCUCCUGGCAUCCUGUUCUGAUGACAUGACUUUAAAGAUAUGGAGUAUGAAACAAGACAAUUGUGUCCAUGAUUUGCAAGCACAUAAUAAAGAAAUUUAUACUAUCAAAUGGAGUCCAACAGGGCCAGGGACAAAUAAUCCAAAUGCCAACCUUAUGUUAGCAAGUGCAUCCUUUGAUUCUACUGUUAGAUUAUGGGAUGUAGACAGAGGAAUUUGCAUCCAUACUUUGACAAAACACCAAGAGCCUGUGUACAGUGUAGCUUUCAGUCCUGAUGGCAGGUAUCUGGCGAGUGGCUCUUUUGACAAAUGUGUGCACAUCUGGAACACACAGACAGGUGCUCUAGUUCACAGCUAUAGGGGAACAGGUGGAAUUUUUGAAGUUUGUUGGAAUGCAGCAGGAGACAAGGUUGGAGCCAGUGCAUCAGAUGGUUCAGUUUGUGUAUUAGACCUUCGGAAAUAGCGCUACUAGUUGGAAGCCAUGGACCGACUAUGAAUGUGUAUAUAGCCAAAAUGACUGUCCCCGACCCAAGUACUGCUAUAGUCCCACUUGAACCAUGGCCAGUCCACUACAGCCAAAUCUAAGAGAAAUAUAUACAUACAGUGUAUAUAAACAAAAUUGCACCCUGAAGAUGACAGAAUUUUGUCACAGCUUGUGAAUUCUGUUCACCAAGUGCUGGAAUCUAAUCUGCUGUGCCCCUAAAAUAGCAUUUAGAAGUUUUGGAUAUGAAAAACAGAAGAGAGAAAAAAAAUAAGCGUUAUAAAAGCAGCCCAUACAUGUACCAGUUUUUGGAUACUAAUGACAGCCUUGUUUCUCCCCUUUGAAUCAGCAGACACCAUGGAUUAUAUUCUUUUUUCCCUUCAGUAGUUUAGCAGUUUGUAUGUACAGAGAAAAUGGACUUACAAAAACUUGCAGCAGUAGUUUGUUCUUGCUUUUAAACUUUGUUUUUGGUUUAGUUUAUGGAUGCAUGAAGUAAGGGAGUGAAUCAGUUUCUUGUUUAUAUUUUUUUCACCUUUUAAACAAAAAAUUCUUAAAAAUAUUUUAAUGCAUUCUUUUGAAGAGAUAGAUGUUUGGUACAUUUAUGGCUCCCAGAGCAUAUAUUCAAUUGGUGCAUGCUGUAGAAGGGGUAAUUGGAAAUUAAAUGGAACUAUAUGACUUUGGUCAUGUCAAUCUGUAAGACACAUCAGUAAAAGGGUAUUAUGCUCUGUUUUUUUGUUUUUUGUUUUUGCUUUUGCUUUGUUUUUUGUUGUGAGGUUUUUGUUUUUUUUUUCUUUUUGGUUUUUUUGUUUUGUUUUGUUUUUUGGUGAUGUGGCUUAAAUGCAAUAGUUUCUUUUUUGGAACAUAUUUCUGCCAAUUAAAGACUAGAAGGGCACAAAAAUUUUUUUAAUACCAUAGAGAAGAUGCAUAUAAAAAAUCUUCUGAUGUUUUGUAGCCAUAACUGAAUUAUGGUUAAAAUGUGCACUAUUGUGAAAAGGAGCAAAGUAGGUUUGGGUUCUUUUGUUUCUUUGUUUCUUUUGCUUUGUUUCCUAAGAGAUUAAAAUGUUUCUGGAUAAGGAUUAGCUUCUCAAAGUGUCCAUCAUUCUGUGUAGAAGCUUAAAUAUGUAAUGUAACCAAACUCCAGUAUUAAAAAUCUCUCAUGUUAUUUUUCUUUAUACAAAGCAAGAUAACGGCAUAUAACACUGCCAUUACAUGGCAAAAUGUUUGCUACCUUAGUUUAAAAACAAUCUUUAAAACAAAAGACUUGCUUCAAGAUGUUUUUAAAUAGCAGUGAUUCAAAAUUUUUUUAAAAGGUGUAAUUGCACCAACCUCCCUGCUGCUCUGAUUCCGCAUUUGUGGUACUUGUGACUACAUUUUGUCAAAUAUAAGUAGAUUUAAGCUGCUAUGUUUUGUUUUUUCAGUAAUCACUACUAUAUCAUGUCUUUUACUCUGUUUAUAAUAUCAUGUAUUUUUUUAAAGGUAUAGGUAUCAAAUCAAACCUCCUUGUGCUCAUGCAACUAAAAGCUAAAACAUACAGAAUCUACUAUUGAUAGCAUGGGGCUGUGUUUAUAUGUGUGAUUAACAGAGUUUGUCAUGAUUAAUGUAAUAAUCCAGAAGUGUCCAUUUUGAAGAGAAUGGUUGUCAAAUUUAUAUCUCAAAAGAUUUUAAUUAUGGAAUAUCAUUUAUUAUCAAGCUUGGCAAAUUUAUAACACUAUUUCUGUCACUAAUUAUUUUGAAUCUUUUACUGCUAAAGUUUUAACCUCUGAUUUAAGUUUAAGUAGAAACUGAUUUACCCAAGUAAGGCAGCUUUGAUUUUCAGCACUUGUUGUUUAGCUCUUUUUACACAACAGCAUUGAUUGAAGCAAGUCUUGGUUUUACUAAGGUAGGAUAGCAUUUGCCAUUGGUGAAGAGAGUAAAUACACUUAAUUCCACAGUACAUUGUUACACAUACCCCAGUUGUUGUUAGUGGGGACUGUGAGACUGUAAUAAUAUUUUUUAAAAUUUACAUCCAGAGAGGCAGUCAUUCAUGAUGGUUUUGUGCCAGCUGUUUUUAGGGUUUUGGAUCCCAUUAUAGAUAUUUAGGACUAUUAUCCUGUGACUUAUGUAGGAAACCUAAUAUGCUGAGUAUCUGGCACUUGAAAUCCUGCUUUUAUUGCUGGAGGUCCACAUCUGUGGUUGACCUCUGUUGUUGUUUUAAAAAAAUAAAUAAAAAUUUAAAAAUCUGUGCAAUAAUUUUUAAAUGUGCUCCCAGGAAUAGACACAAAUGUUUUGAGUAUGUUGAAGCUGCAUUUUCCUUUAGCGAUGCAUUUGUCAAUUGCACUGAAUUUAAAUCUGAAAGUCAGAGGUGAUUAUUGAUAGUACUUUUGUAUUUUGAUAUGGACAAUUUAUUCAUUUGCAUACAGUUAUUGACCUUUUUUUCCCCAGCUGAUUAAAAGAUAGUCACGAAGUUCUGCAGUAUAGCUGCCAAAAUAGACAGCUACAUGUUUAUGGUAUUGUCAUCUUCUCUGUUUUGGGGGGUUUUUUUGUUUUGUUUUUAUCUUUAGCUAUUUUACUUAAGCAUAAUAGCCACAAUAGGACAUAUAAAAGAUUAUAAAUACAGAGCUUUAUUAUCCUGAAGUCUUGGGUCUUUUAAGUAUAAACUGUCAGAAAGAUAUCCAUUUUGUAGGCAUGGGUUCUUUGUGAGCAUACAAUGAUUUCUUUUUGCUGCUGUUCUCAACGUCAUCAUUGCCUGCUGAUGUGCCACGAUGCUGCUCCAGUAGACGGAAAUAAGAUUGCCUCUCAUUUGAGCAGUAACAUGAUUAUAAGAGACCAAGUUUCACAGCCUGUAAAGGUCUAUAUUUGAGGUUCUUGCUUAUUUUUCCUUCCUUCUUUUUUUUUUUUUUUUCCUCUAAGAACUUAUCUGAAGAUCUACUGAUGCCAGUAGAUUUUCUGUGGUAUUCAUUAUAUAUUGUUGUAUAGGCUACUGUAAGAAACUUAUAAGGAAAAAUAGAAAGGAAAACUUGAAUGAAUAGAAUACUCAUUGAUUAAAAUAGAAUAAAGAGCGAGCAGCUGUCACUCUUAAACAUCGUAAAGGAAUAUCUUUUUUCUUCUCCAUGUAGGAAAUCCUAUAAGUUCUUAUAUUUGUUCCAUUCCCAGUUUCCUGUCAUUGAUCAGGUACCAUCAUUGACUUUCAAGUGACUUUUAGAAGUGGUAACUUUUAAUUUCCUAAUAGGUCUUAGAGUGUAUUGAAUUCUGUUUUAGUUAAUUAUUCUCUAGGUAAGUAUGUUUUAGGAUUAAACACCUUUUACAGAUACUGAAAGUGCCUCCUUUUGUGGUGUAAAAAACAAAUUAUGGUGCAAAAAGUAAUCAUUAGAUUGAAUUACAUGAAGGUUUUUUGCUUUUUGACAUAUAAAGAUGUCAAGAGAAAGGCCAAAGAUUUGUACUUUUUCACUUAACUUAUAAAGCACUCCUUUUUUCCUUAAACUUAUUUCUGUCAAAUUAGAUUUAAUGAGAGAGUACUAUUUUUAAGGAGCUAUCCGUUUAUGUAGAAUGAUUUUGUUAAGAGUAAUGUAACUAUUAGUGAGUAGAGGCCUGAAGAGGAGUAUGCAUUUUUGCUGUUGAAAGGAAUCACAAAUGACCAUUCUUAUGUCAGCAAAAAUGUUGUCUUACUAGAUAAGCAGA